CGCUUUUCCGCUGUAGUUUUUUUUUCUUCAAGAUGGCGGCGCAGCUAGCGAGUCCGUAUGGCGGCCCGUCGAAAAUACAAUAAUUUAGAAAAAGGUAGUGAAGACGCCCGGUGGCGGACAGCCGCGCCAUAUCCACCGCUCCCAGAAGACCCCAGUGGAGGAGGAUCGGUGCCUAGAUCCCGUAUUAAGCUGAAUGCAUUGUGAUUUCCAAUAAUUGAGACAGUGAUUCUGACAGCUGUCUACAUUAAUGAAAAGAACAAUGUAGUCAGCUUAGCAUAUUCUGCUCCUGGUACGUGGUCUAAACAGGGAUGUGCCUCCUGCAUGAAGUCUGGCUUUAGAUAAGAAGGAAGUGUCUCCAUAGGUCAGAUAUUAUUUUAAAUAAAUCAGUCUGUAUAUGAGUAUCAGUCUGUAUAUGUUGUAGUUGUUUAACGCGGAGGAAAAUGGAGAUAGACGAUGUUCUACCCCCUCUCCCCUUGGAGCCGCCUGACAAUUUUGACCAAGAUAUGGACAGAGCACCUCCACCACCUCCCCUGCAAACGUCCAGUGACGCAGAGGUAAUGGACGUUAGCUCUGGUGGUGAUGGAUACACAUACACCCCGGGGGAGGGGGAAGCCAAGCCGCCGCAGCCCCUCUGCAAGGGCUCAGUCACUUUCUGUAGCCUGCCCUCGGAUGAGGCCAGUCCCAUCCCGCCGUGCCCACGAACAGCCCGCCACGCUCCCCCGGUCACCAAGUUUCUACCAGACCUCAAGCUGCUCAGAGAUGUUAAGAUCAGGGUAAGCUUCACUGAAAGCAGCACCAGCACCAGCAGCAGCAGUAAAGACAGGAAGGUGCUGUAUACAGGUGAAGGGCAGGAGGGAGGAAGUGAAGAUGGCGGCCUAGACGGCCUGAAUGGUGAGUUGCAUGACUCGACUAGCGAGCAAGACGUAGCUGAGGGCGGCUCUGGAGCAGGGAACGCAGGCAGGAGGUCAGAGGAGGCUGAGGUAGACCUGGAAAACAAGGUCGAGUUUGCCGUCCUCGAUGAACUGGACGACUUCUACGACAACUUCCUGGAUCAUGACGACGGCGAGCACAGCGGCUUUAAGUCCGAGGUCAUAGCGCAGCAGGAGCAAGCGGACGACGAGGCCGUGGCUUUCUCCUAUGAGGAGGAGUUUGACAAUGACGUCGACGCUCUGCUGGAGGAGGGCAUGCCAGUCCCGAAAAAGAUGCGCCCGUCUGAGGACAAAUAUGGCGGGGACAGCGAUCACCACUCGGAUGGUGAAGGAGGGGUUCAGCCUAUGAUGACCAAAAUUAAGACUGUCCUGAAGAGUCGGGGGCGUCCACCUACUGAGCCUCUACCUGAUGGAUGGAUCAUGACAUUCCAUAACUCAGGCAUUCCAGUCUACCUGCAUAGAGAAACCCGAGUGGUCACCUGGUCCAGACCCUACUUUCUCGGGACGGGCAGUAUUAGGAAACAUGACCCUCCCACAAGCAGCAUCCCUUGCCUACAUUACAAGAAAAUGAAGGAACAUGAGGAAAAGGAGCUGAACGGGGAGAUGACACCCAAGGCACAGGUGUCUCCAGUCAAGCCCAGAGAGGAGGCCAAUGGUGAGGAGGAGGGAGCAGGCAAGUCUGACGCUACGGCCGAGGAGCACGAAGACGUUCCUCCCUCCAUCCUGAUGGACGAUGGCCCAGAUGGAGCAGGUACCACUGACAACAGCCUGCAGGGCAAAGUGCCCCAGCCUUGUGAAAUUGCACACGGAGCCUUAGGACAAGUCAGGGCCAAGGUGGAGGUGUGCAAGGACGAGUCAGUAGAACUUGAAGAUUUUCGCCUGUACCUCGAAAAAUGCUUUGACUUUGAACAAGUCACCGUGAAGAAGUUCCGCACCUGGGCUGAGCGACGGCAGUUCAACAGAGACAUGAAGAGGAAGCAGGCAGAGUCCGAGAGGCCCAUCCUGCCCGCCAACCAGAAACUCAUCACAUUGUCUGUCCAAGAUGCGCCCACUAAGAAAGAAUUUGUCAUCAACCCCAAUGGGAAGUCUGAAGUUUGCAUCUUGCAUGAAUAUAUGCAACGUGUCCUCAAGGUUCGACCUGUUUACAACUUUUUUGAAUGUGAGAACCCAAGUGAACCCUUUGGAGCGUCAGUCAUUAUAGAUGGAGUGACGUACGGCACAGGAACCGCAAGCAGUAAAAAACUUGCCAAGAAUAAAGCUGCUCGAGCCACACUGGAAAUCCUCAUCCCUGACUUUGUGAAGCAGACCUCGGAGGAGAAGCCCGUAGAGGGGGAUGAACUGGAGUAUUUUAAUCAUAUCAGUAUAGAAGACUCAAGGGUGUAUGAGCUGACCAACAAAGCAGGGCUACUUUCGCCAUAUCAGAUUCUUCAUGAGUGCCUUAAAAGAAACCAUGGAAUGGGAGACACAAGCAUUAAAUUUGAGGUGAUCCCAGGGAAAAACCAGAAGAGUGAAUACGUGAUGACGUGUGGGAAACACACCGUGCGUGGCUGGUGCAAGAACAAGAGGGUUGGCAAACAACUAGCGUCUCAGAAGAUCUUGCAGAUGCUCCAUCCCCACGUGAAGAACUGGGGCUCACUGCUGCGCAUGUACGGCAGAGAGAGCAAUAAGAUGGUGAAGAAGGAGAACUCCGAUAAGAGUGUGAUCGAGCUCCAGCAGUUCGCCAAAAAGAACAAGCCAAACCUUCAUAUCCUGAACAAACUGCAAGAAGAAAUGAAGAAACUGGCUACGCAGAGGGAGGAAACGAGGAAGAAGCCCAAGAUGACUAUAAUGGAGUCUGCCCAGCCAGGGAGCGAGCCUCUCUGCACUGUGGACGUUUGAGUCUCAGAAAAUGACUGAACCACGGCACUGAAACCCUCUGUCCGACUUCUUACACACCACCACCAACACCCGUCACUUAAUCAUGCAUCACUAAUGGCAAUAUAGUUACACUUAGACCGGGCCAAUUGAACCGCUUCGCGUCCUCCGUUCACGUUUUUAUCGGGGUCCGCUGGUAGAUGUAAGGGUAGGACUUAAAUGCACUAACAGACCGUAGAGCAAACAUCAUCUACCUCUUUAGAUGCACCCUUACUAUGGCAGUAGGAGGAAGAGAAGAAAAAAAAUCACCCAGGGGUGCAGAGACGUUCAACACAUUGAACCACGAGAAUAAAACCGCAUGCUUCUUUGACUGCAAGAACCACUACUUUGUCGGUUUUCUUUUUGAAGUGUCGUUGAUUUUUUUGGGGAUUUUUUUUUUUUUUACAGUCGACAAAUCUCAUCGUUCCAGCGCCUAACUGGUUUUUGUUUGAGCUUCAAAGUAUUUGAAAGGGACUACUAAUACAAGUGUAUUUAUAUUCAUUCAUUUAAUCGGGGAAACAAGUCACUUGUUUAUACGGUAUUUUAACAGUAAAUAUUGUGGAUAUGUUGGAUGAAAAAACAAAAUGCUUCUUUUUUAGCCUCAAUAUGGACAGUUGCUGUCUUGGUUUGCACGAUUUAAAAAAAAACAAACAUGUGAAGUGAUCACUUAGUUCUUGUCAUGCACUCGAGUCCUGUCGGAUAUUUUUUUCGUUGACUGAUCGUGCUGUUGGUACAGAAAUAACUGCGUUUGGAAUGUUUUGGGAUGACUGCUCGCAUUUGUUGCCUUCUUCUUCUUUUGCAUUGGCAGUACAACAGACUGACUUCCUGCUCCCCAGGCUAACGCUGCAGUACAAACCCAAGCACAAGGGCCACAGAGUAUUGAAAUGUAAAAAAGAUAUUUUCUUUACGCUCUCAGAUGUCACUAGCUUUUUUCUAGUACUAAUGCCAUGGACACAAUAUAACUUGUUACAGUUGCUUUUCAUAAGAAAAAAAAUCCAGUUGGCUACAUGUUGCCUUAGUUAAUCCAUUUCAUGAAGGGCUCAAAGUAUAUACAGUGCAUUGGACCUAAAAUACCCUUCAGCAGCGAGUGGAAAGACCAAGCCCUGCCCUUUACUUGAUAAAAGCAUUUAUCGUUUCAACAGUUAGUAUUUCUAAAGACGACAGCCUAUAAAACAAAACUAGGGGAAAAAUUGCCUCCAGCAUGUGCAGAUUUCUUUGAGAAUCAUUUUAAUGGUUUGUGCAUUUAGUUUGUGUACGUCAGCCAUCGUCGCGACAGCCGAUCGUACUCAUUGACCACGAGUAGAAAUACGUUUCUCAAAAGGGCGGCCUUGCAAAAACACUGUCGGUGCGCUAACGCGAACGAAAUGCGACCGGGUCGUCGAGUCCAACACAAGCUGAUGAAAACUGUGUAUACCAAAGCUUACAUGCAGUCUUUUAUGCAUUUUAUAGAAAACUUGAUGUUGCUGCAAACUGUACACUAGAAGCAUUUCUAACAUGGGAUGACACGUAAACAAAAAAAAUAGAAACUGCUGUGCAUUCUGUCAAAAAUAUCCAGUCUGUGCUGCUUCUUUUUUUCACUCCCUACAAAACAUACAAGGACAUCAGUCGAAACACACGGCUGCUUCGAUAGUGUAGAUUGCGCUUAACCCCAUCCAUGCGUGUGCGUAGUCUCGCAAAAAGUGUACGUCGGUGUGAGAAGACGGGAGAAAGAAAAAUAAAUACUGCUUUUGUGUGUUGCUGUUGAGUUUGUACCAAUGACAUGUUCAAGACGUUGCCUAGAAAAAUGAAGUAUGUAUUGCAACAUGAGCUCCAUGACUUCAGUGAUAUUUGUUAUGCAAAAAUAAUAAUAAAAAAAUACCUUGACUAAUGA